CCGCCCUUUCCGGUCGAUCCGCCCCAGCUUUCCCGGCCCCACGUGUGUUCGGGCUGGAGUGGUGUGGUGAGCUGCUGUGGCUGCUUUUGGUGAGGUUGCCGGGGUCUGGAGUGCGGCGGUCCCCAGGAGCCACGAGGACGUCACCAUGCCUAAAGCACCAAAGGGAAAAAGUGUGGGACGGGAAAAAAAAGUCAUCCAUCCAUACAGUAGAAAAGCAGCUCAAAUUACAAGAGAGGCUCACAAACAAGAGAAAAAGGAAAAGCUGAAGAAUGAAAAGGCGUUACGUCUCAACCUUGUCGGUGAAAAACUGCAGUGGUUUCAAAAUCAUCUUGAUCCCAAAAAAGUGGGAUAUUCAAAGAAAGAUGCUUGUGAAUUAAUCGAAAGGUAUUUAAAUCGAUUCAGCAGUGAGCUGGAGCAGAUAGAAUUACAUAACAGCAUCAAAGACAGGCAGGGGAGGCGGCACUGUUCCCGGGAGACAGUCAUCAAGCAGACGAUGGAGCGGGAGCGACAGCAGUAUGAGGGAUAUGGCCUCGAGAUUCCAGACAUUGUAGAUAUGGGUAAUCUGAAAACUUUUAGGGAAUGGGAUUUUGAUCUGAAGAAAUUGCCAAACAUUAAAAUGAGAAAAAUUUGUGCUAAUGAUGCACUUCCAAAGAAGUGCAAGAAGAAAACUAUUACAGCCAUAGACAAAGAUUUAGGGGAAUUGGAACUAAAAAAUGACUCUGACUCAAAUGACUCGGAUGAGGAAAUGACAGCAGUGGCAUAAUUGUCCUCUGCUUGACUUGAAAAUAAUGUGAAAAGGCUUCCAGUUACACCUGAAUUGAUUAUGGUAAAUAAUUAUCUGGCUGUAAGAAUUUGUUAUUUAACUUCUCUUACUUGAUGAGAACCCCUUUUGCAGUUUCAAAAACAGUGUUAUGAUUUUAUUUAAAAAUGAAUGUUGCUUUUCAUUUACAUUAAGUUGCUAAAAUAGAUAUAGUGAAAUAAAAUAUCUUUAAAAUCCAUUUAAUCUGAAUUUCCGGGGUGGAGGGAGCAAUAUGAAUGAGGACAAAAAAUGUCUUAAUUUUUGCCCUCCUGUUUACUCAGGAUCACCUGAUCUCACUUGGGGGCAGGAACGGCAGCCAGCUUUCUAAGAGGGCCGGCCCUGUGGAUACUUCUUGAGCAGUCGCGAUAGCAGAGUUGUCUUUCAGUAAUAAUAUUUUAGUAAUCUUCCUCUUAAACAUUAAACGUCUGUCCUUUCCUUAUAAAAUAGAGAAAAUGUGAUAUGGAAUGCAUAUACACUGUUGGAUUGUACAUUAUUUUUAUCUUUGAGCCGCAGAUAAAUGGUAAGAAAAAUAAACAGUGACUUAUGUUGCUCUCCCACACUUAAUCUUGAUCUUUUGAUAGGGAUAAAUGAUUUCAGGUUAGCUCUUUUUGUUUGCAUCUUCUGCUUUCUCAUUGUGCAAAGUGAUAGGUUUUACUUGUGGAAACAGAGCUAAAGAUUAAUGAACCAGUUAUUUCAACUGUGCUACUUUUUCUUCUAAGAGAGAAGUUAAAUGACAUAUGACUCAGUAUUUCAAGUAUCGUGAAAAACACGGAUGUGGUAGAAUGUUGUUCUUCACAGAACUUGUUAAAUGCAAGUAUCUUUUAGUCUGUUUUCUAAAGGAUGUCAUUGCAAGUGUAUUUGAGUAUUUUCAAGAAAAGAAAAAUAAAACGUUAAUGCUGUGUAAGGGUAACUAGAUAUCUACUAAGUCUUGUUAACAAUUUAUUUUAAAGUCUUACAGGUUUUUACUUCUGAAAAUUAAAAUAAAAUUUAUUUCCAUAA